UUUUCUGCUUUCGGUCGACGUAUUCUGUUUACAUGGGAUCGCACCCUAAGAAUUAUGCGACUCGCGCUCUAUAAUCACUGUUAUUCAUUUCGUGGUUGUGCGGUUGUUAUUAUUUUUCUGUUUAUAAAAUAAAAUUUAAUAGAAAUUAUAAAAAAUGAAGCAUUCUCUUGUUGUUGACGAAAUGUUUCCUGAUGGUCCUGGACCAUUCAUGGAUCUUGAAAUGCCUGGCGGUUCCAAUAGAUUAUUUGUUGAUGUCAGUUUUGACGAUAAAGCUGUUCAUGCUGAUUUUUUCAAUGAUUUUUACGAUCUCUACGAUGAUGAUGAUUUAGAAUAACUUGGAUGAGAAGUUUACUAAAAUUAUUAACCUCAAAUGUAAUAUAAGCGAAUAAUAAUAAAAGAAACUUAUACCAAAAUUUAAAUACAUUUAAGUUAAACAAAAGAAA